AUGAAAGCCGCAGCUGCUCGCUCAAGGCAGUCGACGCUCUUCGACUUCGGGCUUCACAAGCUGUCGCAUGGCGCAUCCCCUAGCAAACGGUCCGGCUUUCAAGGCCCUAGAUUAUGUCCUGAGGCAUUAGAGCAACGUCGUCAGCGUGAGGAGGCGGAAGCAGUUCAGAGAAACGUGAGCAGGCCGCAGACUGCUGGUCAAGCAAGGCUUGUCGAGGCCGACUUGCGGUCUGGCAUCCGUCCCGUCGGUCGUCCCAGGACCAUCAAUAAGGAAAUAUCUCGCCAUCCGGUUAUGGCUUUAGCUUUGAUAUGUUUUGGUAUUCAAGUACAUAGGUGUUUCCUCAAGAAACAAGUUGUUGCAUGGAAUGCAGCACGGCAGAAACGCCGAGCCUGCGGCGACCCCGAACUUUUGUGCCGUACUUGCAAAUUAUUGCUGCGCGACCCCGAAUUUCAAAAAUCGCGAAUUUUUUCCAGGGCUGUUUUUGAGGGUGUCCCGAAAUCAUCAGGCAUAAAUCAUAAGUGGGACUACGGUAAAGCGUGA